CUGACGUUCGCUAUUGAAAUGCUGUCACACAUGGAUACAUGCGAAACGUUUGUGUAACAUGUGCAACUAAACUUUUUAUAUCUUUGUAAUCAUAUGGGUGAGAUUCAGUUAUGAACGUGCGUGCGUGCAUAAGAUACAGAGUAUGUACUGUGACUCACUCGUGUGUGUGAGAGCAUUUCAAUAACGAAUGUAGGAGCGUCUCAGCAGUGUUAGUAGCAGCUAAGUCCUAAACGGCUCCUCAUAAUUUCUUGCGUCCGAUUUGAGACAGAUGUCCACAGCGUGAAAGCGAUUCUCUUCUGAUCGACGCGUCUUCUCAGCAGGAGAGAGCAGAGCGCGAGAUGAAGACGGAGCGCGUGAGUUUGUCGUCAGCGUCGCCUGUUACCUAACAGCCGGUUACGUAAAAGCAAAGCGGAAGAACUGCAGAGAGAAGAGGACUAUAUUUAGGUUGUGCUGUGCAGUCCAUUCAUUCAUUUUCGUAUUAUAAUAUUCUUAAUUACAUCAGAACUGGUUCAUUCUGCGCCGGCAUGAAUGUUGUUCAGAUGCUGACCCGUGGAAAACACAGAAUACAAAGAUAUCUUUACAAUGUUACUCCCAGCUGAAUAAAAUGUUAAAUGUUAAAUUAUGUUUUCUCCAAAUAAUGAGGCUUAACAUUUUUUUUGUUUUUGCUAAAUGCAAACACUUAGAUCGCUGUUUCUUUCUGCCACAAAACCCAUCCCCCGGUAUCCGUCUGACGUCGGCGUUUAAAAGCCGGUAUCGGUCGGAGCCGGCGGUGUGACGCCGGCGUGACACAGCGUGUGUGCGUGUGCGGUGGGAGGAGCCACGGAUCGGAGUCUACCUCUCUCUCCUUCCAGAUCCAUCUCUCCGUCCUCCUCUCCUCUCUGCAGCAUCCUUCCUCCCGCUCAGCCAAUCCCCUGCUGGGGAGCGUGGUCACGUGACCAACAGCCCCCAAUAGCUCUCCACCAGGCACCGGCAAAAAGAGGGGCGGUGUCCCUCCUGCUCCUCCACCUCCUCCUCCUCCUCCUCUUCUCUGUGAAUCAGACGCCGAGUCGCUCGGGUGUGAAGGAUCCGUCUAACGAGCCGCGACACGUUCCUUCUUCUUCUUCUCCUCCCGGAGGUCAGGGGCUGCUGCUCGGCCCUCAACGUCCUCACCCUUCCCUCCCGCUCCCGGGGAACACAGAGGGGGGAUGAAUGGGGAGGCGAUGGAGGGGAUCCCGGCACCGGAGCAGCAGCAGCAGCAGCAGCAGCAGCAUGCCGGCAACGGCACACACCUCCCUCCUCCUCCCACCAUCACGCCGGCCAUCCCCCCCUACGUGAAGCUGGGCCUGACCAUCGCCUACACCAUCUUCUACUCGCUGCUCUUCGCCUUCGUCUACGCCCAGCUGUGGCUGGUGCUGCGGUACCGCCACAAGCGCUUCAGCUACCAGACGGCCUUCCUGUUCCUGUGUCUGCUGUGGGCCGCCCUGCGCGCCCUCCUCUUCUCCUUCUACUUCAGGGACUGUGUGACCGCCAACGCACUCGGGCCCUUCGCCUUCUGGCUGCUCUACUGCUUCCCCGUCUGCCUGCAGUUCUUCACGCUAAGCCUGAUGAACCUCUACUGCGCACAGGUCUACUUUAAGGCCAAGUCCAAGUACACACCUGCACUCCUCAAGUACAGACUUCCUCUGUACCUGGUGUUCUUGGGCGUCAGCCUCCUCUUCCUGGUGGUGAACCUGGUCUGUGCCCUGCUGGUCAAAAUGACCGCCGCCGACGUGAAGACCAUCGUCCUGGUGAGGGUCACCAUCAACGACAGCCUGUUCGUCCUCUGCGCCGUCUCGCUGUCCGUCUGCCUCUACAAGGUCGCCAAGAUGUCGCUGGCUAACAUCUACCUGGAGUCAAAGGGCACGUCGGUGUGCCAGGUGACCUUGAUCGGCAUCAUGGUGGUUCUGCUGUACUCCUCGCGGGCCUGCUACAACCUGGUGGUGCUCGCCCUCGCCAACAUCGAGGCCAUCAACUCCUUUGACUACGACUGGUACAACGUCUCGGACCAGGCGGACCUUCGGUCGUCGCUGGGAGACGCCGGUUACAUCGUGUUCGGGGUGAUUCUGUUCGUCUGGGAGCUGCUGCCGACAUCGCUGGUCGUCUUCUUCUUCAGGGUCCGCCGGCCGCCUCAGGAACGGAGCACCGCUGGGAUACCGAACCACGUGCUCUCCUCCAGAGGAUACUUCUUUGACAACCCCCGACGGUACGACAGUGACGACGACCUGGCGUGGAGCAUUCCUCCCCAGAAUGCAUCAGCCAGCCUCAACUCCGACUGCUACGACUGGGGCAGCCGCCACAGCAGCUUCACGGUGCACACCAACGGCGACGAGCAGCGCCUGACCGCCGGGGAGCUCCACCCUUACCCAUAAUCCCCCUCUCCACUGUACAGCGUCACUCUGCACUUUGACACCGAUCGGUUGUUGUCGUAGACUUUAGACGAAAUGCCAGAAUGCUCAGCGGGGUUCCUUCACGCAGAGUCGGGAUCACGAGUGUCUCAAACAAACUCGUCCAAAAAACAUGCUGCGAUGUGUGAUCCUUAAACACCACAAAGGUGAAACUACAGAAAGAAGAAAGAAAAGAUCAGGAAGCAUCUUCUGGGGAAUAAACCCGCACAAUCUAUCAGGGAGACAUAGGAAUCAAAUAAGUGAAAACUUGGCGUCAGAAGAGCACUCGAGGUUUAUCUUCUGGGGAACAUUGAAGAUGAAUGUUGAGGCAAUCCAUCAGGUAGAUCUGGGAAUUAUGUUAUUGGAUAAGUGAAAACUUUGACCUGCUGGUGUCAGAAGAUCAUCGGAGCCUCUGGGGAACGUGAAUAUCCAUUCACCAUUUAAUCACAAUCAGCUCAAAGCUGUCGACGCCAUUUAAUGAAUUGAUCGGUUUUUGUCAGUACUGAAAAACCAGAGUGGAGCACAGAGGUAAAUUAAGAAAUACCAACUAUUAUUCGGAUCCUUCCAACCUAUCAGGUGUUUUUGAUCUCCAUGUUUGAUGACAAGUGAUCCAUGACUUUGUGCAGGAGCCCUCCUUCAGCGAGACCAUGUGUAAUGAAUGUUUAGAGAAUGUUUCUCAAUUAUUUGAGUGUUUCCGAGGACAGUUAUUCGGGUCGACAAAUUAUUCUGCUACAAUUAUUUUUGCUGGAAAUAAUUUCGUAAAGAGAUGCGAGAUAUCAGCGACUAGACAGAUCAUCUGACAUAUUCAUUUGGUCUAGUUUUUAAAAAGUGAAUACGUUUUAUUUUCCUGCCCCGAAUAAUCCUUGAGUCAUUUCUUGAGGUCACUGUAAAGUAAAAUGAAAUAAAUCGAAACACACAGACACAUCAACGUAAUCAAUACCCUGUAGAUAUCAAUAACCAGAUGGCUCAACACCUCUGUGUUGUUUUACUGUUCACCUCAAAAGAUCUGCGUAUUAACCUCCAUUCAAAAGAUUGGUUUUAAUUUGACUAAUAUCUUUGUGAACAUUCGAUAACUGUUAAAUUAUUAUUCUUUGAGUUUUGAUGCAUUUUGGAUUUUCAAAAGUAAUAAUUAACAUAUUUAAAAAACUCUGCAAAGUAACAAAACCAUCAUAACUGUGGAAUCCUUUAGAGAAGAAAUAAUGUGGAAAACCUUUUGUUAAUAUGAGCUUUGUUUUGCAGUGUUCACAUUUGUGCUACAAUCUUCAGAAGAAGAAAAGUCUAUAUUUCUAAGACGUAUGUUUUGUAAGUUAUUUGUACAGAGUCUCACUGAGAUUGUGUGUUUUGUUGUUGAGCUUUUUUUGUGUUGGUGGUUUGUGUGUUUGUGACGUGACAACACAAAAAGAUCCUAAUUAAAAUAAUCAUCAAAAAAGA